UGUUGACACUUAUGUUGGUAUGGACCUUGAUAAUUGGCCAAAUUCUGAUCAAAGAACUCUCGAUAUCAGUAUGAAAGAAUUUUCAAAAUCCUCCUGCUUCUUUGUUAUACCAAUGACUUCAACCCUUGAAGAUACAAAUGGGCUAGAAUUAAUAAGACAAGGUACAACAACCGUACGUUGUCUUUUCAAUCAACCCGUCAAAGACACGGGUUACGAAAUGAUAAUAAUGGGAGAGUUUGAUGCAAUCAUGUCCAUAAAUGCAGAUCGCGUGUUAAGUACGGAUGGAUCUGUUUAA